AUGGGACCAGGUGACAAGAAGUUCGGUCCUGGCAUUGGGCAGGAGAGGGAUCCAUUUGUGACUCCUCGCCAUAGAAUCAGCACAAGAUUGUCACCGACUGCUUCAACUUUCAAUCCUUUCACUAACGUCAACAGUCUCGGCGAAGCUAGUAAAUCCAAUCCAGUUGCAACCGCACUCAGCACUGAGCUAGGGCUAUCCCGGUACCUUCUCAUUGCAUCAGAUACCCAUUUGGAGGCUGAAGAAGUCAGUAUUUGGUUAGACCAAAAUCCUGGCUCGGAAACUGAAUCUCCGGUUUUGAACACUGGUCAGAUUCUUCUGGUAGCUACCAUCUCCCCCAGUAUCAGCCUUGAUGUUGGCCAGGUAUUCGACAUUGCACAGAACUUUCUCCAUUCGUACGGACGUUUAUUUGCCUUCAUCAAAAUUCCAAAUCCGUCAAAAACUCCUUCCUUUAGAGCCAUUGCGGAAUUUUGCGACAUAUCUCAUGCCACAAAAGUGAUAGCCAACUGCGCUCAUGUUACCACACCUGAGAAAAUACUGAUGAACCCAAAGGGAGUGCAUCUGGUGAUUUCAGCAUACGAAACUAACAGUAAUUUUGUGUCGCCCCCAAAGCAAACGCAAAAUGUUACCGGGGCAAACACACAAAACAAUGCUCAGCACCAGCAUAUGCACAUUGGCUCGGCCUCGCGGUCUGUUGUGCCGAUAGAAGGGCGAGUGAGCCACCCGUUCACUAUGUACCCUUUGAUGGUUCAGUCGCCAUUUGUUGCAAAUGUACCAUAUAUUCUGGACUCUCUCCCGCCGGGAAGUAGUCAAGGCUCUGUAUCGCCGAUCACUACCCUGGCUCCGUCCUUUCCAGUGCUGGGCCCCUUGUACCAUGCACCUCCAUCGCCAGCCCUGACUGUUCAAAGCAAUUAUAGUCCAUCAAGGGCAGUGGCCGGGUUUUUUCGAUCUGACGGCCGCAGACAAAACGCAGCCCGGGUUACUAGAUCCCCAUACAAUAACUCUACCAACCACCACAAUUACGUCGAUAUCAACCGGAUUCGAGAUGGCAUUGACGUUCGCACUACGAUAAUGCUCCGAAACAUUCCCAAUAAAGUGGAUCAGGCUAUGCUGAAGAGGAUCAUAGACGAGUCUAGUUGGGGCAAGUACGACUUCAUGUACUUACGCAUUGAUUUUGCGAAUGACUGCAAUGUUGGCUACGCAUUCAUUAAUUUUGUUGAUUUUGUGGAGGCCAGAGGCAAUCAGAGAUGGCAUGUUUUCCUGCAUCUAUCUGCCCGUCCUGUCUCCUUCAGAAGCAAAGUGCUCACAGAUGGUUAUGCAGCCAUCCAAGGCAAAGACUGCUUAGUCCAAAAGUUCAGGAACAGCUCCGUCAUGCUUGAGGCUCCGCAUUAUCGCCCAAAGCUCUACUUUACUUGCAAUGGCCCUUGUCCUGAGUUGGCAGGCCAGGAAGAACCAUUCCCGGAUCCGGACAACCAAUCUAAAAUGAAGAGGAGCUGCGAGAAUGCAGAGCAUGUUGGUCUCUUCACGCCUAAUGCCGGCCAGCACUAUCGCGACGAGCAGCGGCGCAGACGAUCUCAGUAUGACCGUGGAACUAGGCUUGCCGCCCUCGAGGAAUAUGACUACGAAGCUGCAAUUCAAAAUAUGUACACCAUUACACCACAUUGA